AUGACACAUACCCAGUUGGAUGCUUAUAGAACCAAACGGCAUUUGACACUCCCAGAAACGACCGGGUUGCAGUUUGCGCAACAAAGGUGUAAGAAGAAUGUGAAUAAAUGUGAUAUGGUGGGAACAAGUGGCAUCACGUGUGGGGGCUAUGUGGUGAAUCUCAUGGCCAUGUCGAAGCCAUGGGAAACAUAUGCUCGGUUGGGAAGGGACAGUUCACAACUUGUCAAGUCAAAGAGAUUCCAUAUAUAUUCAACAGUGUUAAAAAGGCUACAAGGGAUGUCUCUCAUGGCCACAUAUAAACGAGGAGACAAGCUUGUCCCCACAAUUGUUUCUCAUGUGACCGACCACUUCUCCUUACUUGACCUGUCUGUCAUUGCUACCUCCCACUAA